AUGAAGCGCAAGCUGGAUGCCAAUGAUGUUCCCUCUGCAGAAGUCGCAGAGGGAAAGGAAGCAAAGGACGCAGACAAUACCGAUUUCGAAAACCUCAAUCUUGAUCCGCGGCUGCGCCAAGCUCUGAUCAAAGAGCAAUUUACGAAGCCUACACCUGUUCAGUCGAAGGCUAUUCCCCUUGCUCUUGAGGGGAAAGAUAUCCUCGCCCGUGCUAAAACUGGCUCUGGAAAGACUGCGGCCUAUGUUCUCCCAAUUCUUCAGACGAUUCUGCAGAAGAAAGCUGCCGACCCUUCAUUAAAAGCUACUACCGGCCUCAUCCUCGUCCCCACUCGAGAGCUCGCAGAACAAGUCCAGAGUGUCAUCACUAAAUUCACGGCAUUCUGUGGCAAGGAUGUACGCUCAGUGAACCUGACACAGAAGGUUUCCGAUGCCGUUCAGCGGACCAUGCUCGCCGAUUAUCCUGACCUGAUUGUCUCGACACCGGCCCGUGUCAUCGCCAAUCUGGGUAGCUCUGCCUUGGCAUUGGACAACCUGACACACCUUGUGAUCGACGAAGCGGAUCUGGUUCUAUCGUACGGAUACGACGAAGAUAUCAAUGCGUUGGCGAAGGCGAUCCCUCGUGGUGUGCAGACGUUCCUAAUGAGUGCAACUCUCACCUCCGAAGUCGAUACUUUGAAGGGUUUGUUUUGUCGGAACCCUGUUGUUUUGAAACUGGAAGAUAAGGAGGAUGAGGGCGCUGGUAUCAGCCAGUUCGUUGUCAGAUGUGCCGAGGAUGAGAAAUUUCUCCUGACCUACGUCAUCUUCAAAUUGCAGCUGAUCAAAGGCAAAGUCAUUAUAUUCGUUGGGGAUAUCGAUCGCUGCUACCGUGUCAAGCUAUUCCUUGAGCAAUUCGGCAUCAAGAGCUGUGUGCUCAACUCCGAGUUGCCUAUCAAUUCGCGGAUACACGUCGUGCAGGAGUUCAACAAGGGUGUCUACGACAUCAUCAUUGCCGCAGAUGAACAAGAGGUGAUGGGGGCCCGCACAACAUUCAAGAAGUCGAAGGAAAUCACAGACGGGGAUGAGGAGGAGACGAGGGACAAGAUGGGUUCCAGUGAAGACGAGGACAACGAGCCGGAAGACAAUGACAAGAAAUCUGCUCACCCAGAGAAGCGUCGCAAGACGUCAGGAAAAGGCAAAGACUAUGGAAUUUCCCGUGGUAUCGACUUCCAGAACGUUGCGUGUGUCCUCAAUUUCGACCUUCCCACCACCUCCAAGUCCUACACACAUCGCAUUGGCCGUACCGGAAGAGCUGGCAAAGCCGGCAUGGCGCUGUCAUUUGUUGUUCCCGCCGACGAGUUUGGAAAACACAAACCUACCAGCUUCCCCACCGCCAAGUACGACGAGUCAGUAUUGGCCAAGAUCGUGAAGCGCCAAGCGAAACUCGACCACGAGGUCAAACCAUACCACUUCGAGAUGAAACAGGUCGAUGCAUUCCGAUACCGUAUGACGGACGCGCUCCGCUCAGUGACCCGGUUGGCGAUCCAGGAAGCUCGUGCGCGUGAGAUUCGCCAGGAACUGGUCAAGAGCGAGAAGCUCAAGCGCCACUUCGAAGAGAACCCCGAGGAACUCAAGCAACUGCGCCACGACGGCGAGCUCCGCGCAGCGCGCAUCCAGCCUCAUCUCAAACACAUCCCCGAUUACCUGAUGCCCUCCAAAGGCAGAAAAGGCAUCUCCAGCGAGAAUGUCGGAUAUGUAGGGUUCACAAAACAGAGCGAUAAUCGGAUUCGGAAAGCAAGAGAGAAGAAUCGCGGUAAGGGCAAGGGACGGAAACCGUCUGGUGUGAGGAAGGUGGAUCCUCUCAAGACGUUCAAUCGGGGACGCAAGUGA